AUGGCGCGGCCUCGGCAGCCUGGCCUCGCCGUCGCCGUCGCCGUCGCCUGGUGCCUCUGCGGUGCCGACGGGGCCGCGGGGCGCACCGAGGCCGACGUGCUCACCGCGUUCCGCGACACGCUGCGCGGGCCGGACGGCGCGCCGCCGGCGCCGCUGCGGGCGUGGGGCACGCCGGGCCCGUGCCUGGGCAACGUCUCGCAGUGGUACGGCGUGUCGUGCCACGGCAACGGCAGCGUGCAGGGCCUGCAGCUGGAGCGCCUGGGGCUCUCCGGCGCGCCGCCGGACCUGGGCGGGCUCGCCGCGCUCCCGGGCCUCCGCGUGCUCAGCCUCUCCAACAACGCGCUCGCCGGCGCGUUCCCCAACGUGUCGGCGCUGGCCGUGCUCAAGAUGCUGUACCUGUCGCGGAACCGGCUCUCCGGCGUCAUCCCCGACGGCACGUUCGGCCCCAUGCGCGGCCUCCGCAAGCUGCACCUCGCCGCCAAUGACUUCUCCGGCCCGAUCCCGGGCUCCAUCACCUCGCCGCGGCUGCUCGAGCUCUCGCUCGCGCACAACCGCUUCGAUGGCCCGCUGCCGGACUUCUCCCAGCCGGAGCUCAGGUUCGUCGACGUCUCCGGCAACAACCUCUCCGGCCCCAUCCCUGAAGGCCUCAGCCGCUUCAACGCCAGCAUGUUCUCCGGUAACGAGCACCUCUGCGGGAAGCCGCUCGACGUCGCGUGCGACACCUUCGCCUCGCCGUCCGGCAUGUCGACGUUCAUGACCAUCGCCGUAGUACUCAUCAUCGUCGGCGUGAUCCUCGCCGCGGCGGGGAUCGCGACGGGGGUCGUCGGCCGCAGGAAGCGCCGGCGCCGGCGGCGACACGCGGCGACGGGCGACCAGACGCCCUCUAAUCCGAAGCUCCACACCGCGCCGGCCGUGAGCAUCAACCAGGGAGCCGCUACCACCAGCGCCGCCGCCGGCUCCGUGGCCGCGGCCGGCGGCGCCGCCGCCGGCGGAGCGGCGGCGAAGCGCGCGUCGCGGCGCGACGAGCACGGGCGGCUGGUGUUCAUCCAGGAGAGCCGCGUGCGGUUCGAGAUCGAGGACCUCCUCCGCGCGUCGGCGGAGGUGCUCGGCAGCGGCAACUUCGGGUCGUCGUACAAGGCGACGCUCUGCGAGGGCCCCGCCGUGGUGGUGAAGCGGUUCAAGGAGAUGAACGGCGUCGGCCGGGAGGACUUCUCGGAGCACAUGCGCCGCCUCGGCCGCCUCACCCACCCCAACCUCCUCCCCGUCGUCGCCUACCUCUACAAGAAGGAGGAGAAGCUCCUCAUCACCGACUACAUGGACAACGGCAGCCUCGCCCAAGUCCUCCACGGGAAUCGGGGAGCGAUGCUGGAUUGGGGGAAGAGGCUGAGGAUAAUCAGAGGGACGGCGAGGGGGCUGGCUCACCUGUACGACGAGCUGCCGAUGCUGACGGUGCCGCACGGGCACCUCAAGUCGUCGAACGUGCUGCUCGACGGCGGGUUCGAGGCGGUGCUGUCGGACUACGCGCUGGUGCCGGUGGUGACGGCGCAGCACGCGAGGCAGGUGAUGGUGGCGUACAAGGCGCCGGAGUGCGUGGCGGCGCAGGGGAAGCCGUCGAAGAAGAGCGACGUGUGGAGCCUCGGGAUCCUCAUCCUCGAGGUGCUCACCGGCAAGUUCCCGGCCAACUACCUCCGGCAGCAGGGGCGGCAGGGCACCAGCACCACCGACCUCGCCGGGUGGGUCAGCUCGGUCGUCAGUGAGGAGCGCACCGGCGAGGUGUUCGACAAGGACAUGGCCGCCGGGCCCAGCGGCAAGCACUCCGCCGCCGUCGAGGCCGACAUGCUCAAGCUCCUCCACGUCGGCCUCGGCUGCUGCGAGGCCGACGUCGACCAGAGGUGGGACCUCAAGACGGCCCUCGCGCGCGUCGAGGAGAUCAGGGAUCCCGACCCCGCCGCCGCCGAUCCCUCGCCGCCGGCGGCGGACUCCGGCGAGCCCCGGUCGUAACCUCGCAACACACACGCGUACGUAAACCCAAAGCAACUCCAUGGAUCGCCGCCUGGUCAACGGUCAGCGCUUUGCAUGCACGCAGGCAUGCGUGCCACGUGGCAUGAUACGGUGGGACCAAUUGCAUGGAUGGAAUUAAUUGGUGGUUUGGUGAGCGAUACAAUGAACAAAUUGAAUUUGACCAAAUUUGAUGCAUAUGCAUGGAAAUUUUGAGCGUGUGUAAAAUUGGAUUUCGGCCUAAUUGAUUUAGCUUAAUUUCGGAAGGUAUAUACGUGGUUAGCUAUGUUGAUUAGAGUGUAAGAGUGAGUAAAUUGAGAUUUUGGAUUUUUUUUUCUUCUCUCUUUUUUUUCAUACAUAUACAUUUACAUUGGUAAUUAAAUUGAAUCUUGUUGCUAGCUCCUUAGUUGAAGCUCCUUGUAUAAAAUCUCGAAGUACAAAUUCGCAGAAUU